AUGGUAAACUCUGUGGAAACAGACAAAGGGCUGAAGGAAUUAGAAACCUCAACAUGUGGAACGGUCAGCUGCAGAGAGGAUGAACCAGACUGUGGCCUGAAAUCCAACUUCAUCACAAACCAGGGGUCCCUUUUAGGGGAGAAGCCCUAUGUUUGUAGUGAGUGUGGGCAAGGCUUUGGCCAGAAGUUAAAUCUCAUCAGGCACCGGAGGACACACUCAAAUGAGAAGCCUUAUGUUUGCAGUGAGUGUGGCCUAGGCUUUAACCACAAGUCACUUCUCCUUUUGCACCAGAGGACACAUUCAAGGGAGAAACCUUUUGCACUCCUGGAGUGUAGGCGAGGCUUUAGCCAGAAGUUGGGCCUCAUCAGGCAUCAAAGGACACACUUAGAUAAGAAGCCUUAUGUUUGCAGUGAGUGUGGCCAAAGUUUUAACCGAAAAUCACGCCUCCUUAUACACCAGAGGACACACUCAGGGGAGAAGCCUUUUGUUUGCAGUGAGUGCGGCCGAGGCUUUACCCAGAAUUCAGUCCUUCUUAUGCACCAAAGGACACACUCAGGGGAGAAGCCAUAUGUGUGCAAGGAGUGUGGGCGAGGCUUUAACCGCAAAUCAAAUCUCAUCAGACACCAGAGGACACACUCAAGUGAGAAACCUUAUGUGUGCCUGGAAUGUGGGCGAGGCUUUAGCCAGAAGGCCGGCCUCCUUCUCCACCAGGGGACACACUCUGGGGAGAAGCCACAUGUGUGCAAGGAGUGUGGGCGAGGCUUCAGCUACAAGCAGAGCCUCAUCAGACAUCAGAAGACACACUCAAAUGAAAAAUCAUUUGUUUGCAGUGAGUGUGGCCGAGGCUUUAUCCGGAAAUCAGUCCUCCUUAUGCAUCAGAGGACACACUCGGGAGAGAAGCCACAUGUGUGCAAAGAAUGUGGGCGAAGCUUUAGCUAUAAGCAAAGCCUCAUUAGACAUCAGUGGGCACACUCAGGGGAGAAACCCUAUGUUUGUGGUGAGUGUGGCCGAGGUUUUAGCCAGAAGUCAGACCUCCUCAGACAUCAGAGGACACGCUCAGAUGAGAAGUCUUAUGUUUGCAGUGAGUGUGGCCGAGGCUUUACCCGGAAAUCCAUCCUCCUUCUGCACUGGCGGACACACUCUGGGGAGAAGCCACAUGUGUGCAAGGACUGUGGGCGAUGCUUUAACCGCAAGUCAAAUCUCAUCAGACACCAGAGGACGCACUCCGGUGAGAAACCUUUCGUGUGCCUGGAGUGUGGGCGAGGUUUUAACCGCAAGUCAAACCUCAUCAGACACCAGAGAACACACUCAGGGGAGAAGCCAUAUGUGUGCAAGGAGUGUGGGCGAGGCUUUAGCCAGAAAUCAGGCCUCAUCAGACAUCAGCGGACACACUCAGAUAAGAAGCCUUAUGUUUGCAGUGAGUGUGGCCAAGGCUUCACCCGGAAAUCAGUCCUCUUUAUGCACCGUAGGAUACAUUCAUGGGAGAAGCCUUACAUUUGCAGUGAGUGUGGGAGAGGCUUUAAUCGGGAAUCAAGCCUCCUUCUACACCAGAGGACACACUCAGGGGAGAAGCCACAUGUGUGCAAGGAGUGUGGGCGAGGCUUUAACCGCAAAUCAAAUCUCAUCAGACACCAGGGGACACACUCAGGUCUGCUGCGUCGUCCGCCAUCCAUCCAUGUAUCGCUGUUCCCUAAUGCUCAGUUCCAGUCCUAG